AUGAGAAAAUUUGAAAAAUUUAUAGAGAAAUCAAAAAAUAAAAAACAACCAGCUGAAUUAAACAAUCCUCCUCGCUAUGAUAAUACAAGACCUCCCCUACCAUCUCCUAACCAUUCCUAUAACAAUCCUACUCAGCAAUAUCCAAACUAUCCAUACCCAAUUCACCCUGAUCAUUACCCUUCACAACCAAAUACCUCAAUAACGACUCAAUAUGAUAAUAAUCCCCCUUCAAAAACUUCUUCAGGAGAUUAUACUCCUUCACUUGACCAUUCCAUUUCCAGUGAAACUUCGGGGUCUACACGAAGUAUUGAUUCUGUUAGAACAUCUACUGCUUUUUCGUCUUUUGAGUUACCUUGGGGUAGCCAUCACAAAGGUGAUAAAACCGAUCAUUCUCGGCCUUCUGAUGAAGAGAUUGAACGUUUGUUCUUAGAUAUGAUGAGACAGUUAGAUUUGGGAAAUUUAUCUUCGAAAAUGCUGGCCAUGCCAAUCGAAAAUAAAUGGAAGUUGAUACAGAGUAAUUUUGAAAACGUAGGGAAAGCUCAUAAGCCUAAAGAUAAAAAUCCUAAAAAUCCCGUUCAAAACGCUGGUGAUCCUAAUACUCCUGAAUAUUAUCUUAAAAAAAUUAUGGAUGGAACUAUAACUUUCAAACAUAUGAACUCACUCAGUGUUGCUCUAAGGACACUUCCUAUAACAUGGGUCCGGUCUUUCAUUGACGCAAAAGGCUUAGAGGUUCUUGCAAAUUAUCUUAGCAGUAUUACAAAAAAACAUGCAAAGCUAGAUGCUGAUUUACAAAUGGAAUACGAAAUUAUUAAAUGUUUAAAAUCACUGUUAAACAACAGAUGGGGAGCUCAAGAAGCUCUGACGCAUUCAUCAUGCAUUCAUAGUAUCACAUUUUCACUUGUUUCUCCUCAACUAAACACCCGCAAACUGGUAGCCGAAGUUCUUUCUUUCUUUUGUUAUUGUGAAAUCCCCACCGGUCACACACUCGUAUUAGAAGGCUUUGAUCAACAUCAGAAAUUUCUUAAUGAGCAUGGAAGAUUUGAUGCUUGGAUGAGAGUACUGGAAAACACAAUUGAUGGACGUGGUCGUUAUGGGAGUUUAGUAGAUGCAAGUGAUGAAUUUAAAAAAGGGGGUAUAGGAAUGGACAGUUCAUUGAUGGAAUAUGUGUUAGCAAAUAUGAUUCUGAUAAAUUCAAUAAUCGGUGUAUGUGAUGACGUUGAAAUUCGGGUACAUUUAAGGAACCAGCUACACGCAUGUGGACUAACGCGUAUAAUUGAUAAAAUGAAAGCGUUUAAUCACGAGCUUAUUAAUCGUCAAAUAAGCAAGUUUGAACGUGAAAGUGAAUUGGAUUACGAAGAACUUAUUGAUUCAUUAGUCACGCAAGUUGUUCUUGAUCGUCAUGGGCUUGACCAAGACUGGAGUCAGUCUGUGGGUCUUACCGUUUCACAGGUCCUUGCUAAGAUGGUCGAUCAAGAUAAACUCAAUGAUGCCCUUCAAGAAGCAGAGGAAGCUAAAGCUGAGUUAAAAGCUUUACGUGAGAAACAAGAGUUAAUGUCAAAACAGGAUGUGUCUGAGUCAGACGGUGAAUUAAAAAAGAAAAUUGAUUCUCUCGAAGAACUCUUACGCAUCUCUCGGCACACUAUUAAGACACUUCAACAACGAAACGCAGAUCUAGAAGCCAGUUAUCGAGAAAAACUUGCUGAUUUAAAUGUUCAACUUCGAGAGCUUGAGACAAUAAUAAAGGAACAGCAAGGAUAUGGGACUGAUACUACUGUUGAUCGAACAGAACUUGUUAAACAAUUAGAAAGAAUGCAGAAAAUACGUGAGACGGAAAGGAUAUUAGAAGGUGAACGAAAAGUUUGGACACCACCUUCAUUUGGAGAUGGAGAUGGAGGUGUAAAGAUGCCAGAUGCAAAUGAAUACAUUGGUAAUACGAGCAGUCAGAACGUACCAUCGCAAUAUCCUGAUUAUGAUAAAGCCAACUUUCCUGGUGGGUUCAGAAUUCCUGAACAACCUCCACGGAUGGAUGCUGGUGUUUUGAAAGAACUUAAACAACGUCAUGAUGGUAUAUUAAUUCAUACAUCAGCAAGUGAACUCUCAAAUGAACAAUCUCAACAACCACCUACAUCAACUUCACAAACCUCGCCUAUUUCUGACGUGACGUCUAAGAUACAACCUCAACCCAUUGGUGGCGUACCACCACCACCUCCGCCACCACCAGGAAAAACUGGAGGUCCACCACCACCUCCGCCACCACCAGGAAAAACUGGAGGCCCACCACCACCUCCGCCACCACCACCAGGAAAAACCGGAGGUCCUCCGCCGCCGCCACCACCACCAGGUAAAGCCGGAGGUCCGCCGCCGCCACCACCACCACCAGGGAAAGCUGGAGGUCCACCGCCACCGCCACCACCGGGAGGAAAAGCCAGAGGUGCUGGAGGUCCCCCACCACCUCCAGGGAAAGCCGGAGGUCCACCACCACCAGGAGGUUUUCGAGCUCAGGCAACUUCAAAUAAUCGUAAAGAAGUUCCAUACAUGACUAUGAAGAAACUUAAGCAACUUCAAUGGGAUAAGAUUAAUCAUUUAACUGUUAAUAAAACGCUUUGGGGACAAGCAAAUUUGAGUGAUGAUGAGCUAAUUAAGUUACUUGGUGGAGAAACCGACGUGUUCUCUAACAUUGAGAAAUUAUUUGAAGCUUAUGAGCAUAAAGAGAAACCGAAGGUUGUAAAGGAGGAAGAAAUUAGUGUUCUUGAUCAAAAGAGAGCUUAUAAUAUUAAUGUGGCACUUGGACGUUAUAAAGAUAUAUCAUUUGAAGAAAUACAUAAGAGGCUCGUUGAGUUUGAUGAGAACUUCUGUAAUGAGAAUUUGCUUAAUCAGUUAAUGUUAUAUAUUCCAACAGCUGAAGAACGUGGUAAACUAUCUGUAUAUAAAGAAGACAUGCCCGCAAAUUUGGCUCGUGCUGAUCGAUUCUUUGUUGAGGUGAUGAAGAUUCAUCGAUAUGAACAACGCCUUAAAUUUAUGUAUUCUUACGUUACUUUUGACGAGAAAUUCAGAGAUUUGGAACGUGAUAUUAAAUCAGUAUUGAAUGCAUCCAUAGCACUUAAAGAAUCAGCGCAAUUUAAAGAAUUGUUAAACCUCGUGGAUACUAAGGCUGCGAAAAGUUCAUCAAUUACUUUAUUACACUUUUUGGCUGAGACAAUUGAAUCGAAACUACCUAAUGUAUUGGGUUUUGUCGAUGAGAUAGCGGAAUGUGGAUCUGCUUGUAGAGUAUCACAACAAGAAAUGACAAACGAAUAUCGACAAAUGGGAACAAAAUUAAACGAACUAGCAGUUGAAUUACAAAAACAUUUUGGAGAAGAUGUUGAAUUAGAAAAAAAUGACAGAUUCCCUGAAAUAAUGAAAGAGUUUGUUGUAAAGUCACAACAAAAGUUUGAAGAUUUACAGAUGGAAUAUACUUCUAUGGAAGUUGCAUAUAAGGAUGUUGUAGCAUACUUUGGAGAAGAUCCCAAAAACACUAAACCUGAUGAAUUCUUUGGAAUAUUUAAGACUUUUCUCACUAGUUUUGAGCGGGUUAGAAAUGAUAAUAAAGCAACAAGAGACCGCGAAUUAGCUGCUAAAAAGCGAAAAGAGGAGAUUGAACAACGAAAGAAAUUGGCUAAGCCGAGCACAGGAGUGCAAAUGGCAGCUCAAUCAGAUGACAAACAUUUAAUGGACAACUUAUUGGAAAAAUUGCGUGAUGGUGGAGAUUUAGAAACUCGAGCAAAGAAACGUGGUGGAAAAGGUGGCAAAGAGGGAGGAGACCUAAGAGUUUCUAGAAGUAUGAGUAUCGCAAUUAGGGCUGAAGAUAUACUAAAAAGAUUGAAAGAGGAUCCCCUACCACCGUUGCCAGAAAUGCCAAAACAAAUUGCAUAA